UACAUUUACUCGUUACAAAUUAUGAAGUAUUCGGCAUAUGUAUUAUAACCUUCAUAUGCAUUUCGGUCAUGUUUGACAGCUCCAAUAAUACAAUUGCAGCUUCACAAACCAACGUCAUCUCUCGUAAAUUGAUUGGAAAUGGAGGAAACCUCUUAUCGUAAUGAAACCGUUUGUCGGUUUUGCCUUACAAAUAGCGGUAAAUUACAAUCUAUUUUCGAUAACGAAAUCAUUGAUAUUCCCGCUACUGUGAUGAAAAUUACUAAUUUAGGGAUCUCUAAAAAUGACCCAUUUUCUAAGGUUGCUUGUAACCCGUGCAUAGAUAUUAUCGUGUCUAUAGAGGAGUUCAGGGAGAAAUGUCUCUCAUCGUUCCACCAAUCAGAACACAAACUGUUUGAGGUAAAAGAGUCGUCUCUUUCACAAGAACUACAAUUACAGGUGGAGUUCGUUAAAUGUGAAUCCUUAGGAAAUGGUUGCAAUAGUUACGAACAAGAAGAUGCAAUUUCAAAUCGUACGGACACAGAACAAGUGGACAAUGGAGAGUCGAUUAAAGAAGACGCAAUUGCUGAAAAGUACCGAAAUAAUCGCAAUGGAUGCACACUCUCGUCUGAAACUGCGAAAUAUAGUUUUUUUAAAUCCUCAUCCUAUGAUCAAAGUAGACACAGUGCCAUCUGUACAAAGUGCGGUGAAAGUGUUUCCGGUGGAAAACAAAUGCUCAUCUAUCACAUGAAAAGCGAUCAUGCUAAUGAUGCUGAGUUACCAAAAAUACGACAGUGUUUCUACUGCCCUAAAGCGUAUUCCUCUUACCAGCUGCUAAAGUACCAUCUAAACUUUCAUCCUCAAAAGAUGUGGCAAUGUCCUCAGUGCGAUAAGCGCAUUCACAACAAAGCCAUCUUCAUCGAUCAUCUACGAAUACAUGCAAAUGAACGGUACUACGGUUGCAAGGAAUGCGGCAAACGGUUUACGGCAUUGAAAUAUAUAUCCUCCCAUAGUCGACUGCAUAAGCGGAAUAUAGUGAACGAUAGUGAGAAAAAAACGGACACUUCCCACGAAAUUUGGUCCCGAUCUGAACAAUUUACUAGCCACACGCAAUCAACCUAUUUGCUUCACGAGGAUCAGCAGGACUGUAAAGGACAACAAUCGCUAAUGGAUUCCUUGUACUCUAAUGAUCAAAAUAUAAAGAGUACACCAAACAGAACUGAAACGAAUAAAUCAGAGAUCUACGAAUGUGAAGUCUGUGGUAAAAAACUAAAAACAAAAUCCAAUUAUACUAACCAUCGUAAAAUGCAUGCUCGUAAAAAUACGAAUACAGGGCUAAAUGUCGUACCCGCUACCUGUAGUGCGACUGUACAGCGCAGGGUGUAUCUUUGCAACAUAUGUGGACAUAACUGUGGUUCUUCUAGCAAUUUGGGAGUACACUUGCGACGCCACAAUGGACAAAGCGUUUGUGAGUGUUCAGUUUGUGGAAAAGGAUUUCCUCGUCGUUCGGAUCUUGUUAUGCAUAUGCGUAAGCAUACGGGGGAAAAACCUUUCAUUUGUCCAACGUGUGGGCGUGGAUUUUCGCGGUUGGAUAAGGUACGCAUUCAUAUCCGUACACAUACUGGAGAAAAACCGUACACAUGUCCUUGCGGUCGUGCAUACGCACAGAAAAACGAUCUUAAAACACACCAAAAACGAAACAGUUGUGGACAAAAUUUUAAUAUUGCGAAAUUAAACACUUCGCAUCCACGAACAAUUUGCAUCAAAUCACCAAAACACACCUUAUCUGCUGCUGCUAAUGAAUCCCAUACACGAGAGGCAAAUGACCGAGAUCUCAACUGUAUGCCAGUGUCAUAUUCGACGAGUGCAACAUCAUCUCAUAUGUUGCAUACAGAUUCAAUGGAUAUGGUGUUUCCAGUGAAUUGGAAUAAUUGUAUUACAGAGCAUGAGUUUCAAAGUCAGGGAAGGGUUGUUGCCGAUGGUUAUGAGAAUGCAUAAUCUAAAAAUCAAUCACAGAUUAUAACGUAGUAUAAUUUAUCCUCCAAACAUCAUAAACGUUCCGCUGUGAGACAGGAAAAAUAAAUUCAAACCAAUGAGGGAAACAUAUUUCAA